AUGUCACAACGAAUGAAUAAAGCAGAAUUGAAAAAAUUAUUCAAAGCAUUCGAUAAUGGCAAUGGACAUUUGUCUCUAGCUGAAAUUGAUCGUGCAGUAACAUAUUUUUAUCCACAGUUUGGUACAAAUAAACAAGCAAUAAUGAGAGCUUAUAAAGAAGCUGAUACUAGUGGAAAUGGUUUUGUUGAAUUAAAUGAAUUUGGUAAAAUUAUCGAUUUACUUCUUUAUUAUGAUGAUAUUAGUAAAGUAUUUCAACAGUUAGACAGAAAUAAAGAUAAACGAAUUAGUUUUGAAGAAUUUAAAAAAGGUCAUGAAAUUCUUGAUAUUGAAUAUGACGAUAAUGUACAAUUAAAGCAAGAAUUCAAUUCAAUCGAUACAAAUCAUGGUGGAUAUAUUCUGUUUGAUGAAGUAAAUUAA